AUGACUGAAACAGCAAGUCUUUUACUAAGUCACAAAAAGCAAGAGAAUGGACUGGAUUUCUUUGAGAUCAGACGUGCUGAAGAUCCUCUUCCAGGAAGAAAAUUUUCUGUGUUACCAACUGAUGCAGGACCCUUAGGAAGUGAAAGAGACGCAGAAAUUCAUUUUCAAAAUAAUGUUUUAUGA